AUGCACUACAAUUUGAUCUGCUACCGAAAACAGGAGUGGUACAACAGAAACCGUCACUUGAAACAAAACAUCCAUGUCUACUCACAACGUCUGCCUACUUGCCCAUGUGACGUCGGGCUGGCCCAAUGGGAUCCUUGGUUUUGGCAGAUCCGCCGCCAAGUGCGUCAGCCUGAUAGCAAAGAUUUUGUCUGCGUGGACAUGAUUCUGGGCGAAACAUUCAAACCAUAUGGCAAGUCGUGCUGUUAUUACCGCUCGACAUUGACAUUCGUGGACAUGCAGCCUUUAUCUGGUGGAUUUUACUUCGCACAUCCGUCAUACUCACCACGUGAUCAUGAGACAAAUGAUGUUAUUAUGAAAGACAAGUGCUGCGCGAAAUCAGAAUACUGCGAUCUCUAUUACGAGUUGCAUCCUACAGGCACAUGCUACACCGAGUCUCCAUACAGAUUUGGUUCCUUCUGGGGAGAUCCGCACAUGCGCACACUGGACGGAAUGAACUACACAUUCAACGGACUCGGCGAAUACGUGUUGCUAAGCAUUGAGACGUCAAAUGUAAAAUUUUCCCUCCAAGCUAGGACUGAGAGGGCAGUAAAGGAAGAUGGGAACCUGUCUGACGCUACAAUCUUCACGGCCUUUGCAGCUAAAGAUCAUUCAAAUUCGUCAAUACACGUUGAACUUAAUAGGGCAAAAGACAAUGUUACUUUGUACGGCAAUGGCAUCGAUCUUACAAAGACUCUUCGGGAAGAACACAACGACAUGUUUGUGUUUAAUACGUCCACACUCACAAUUCAUGAAGAUGACGGCGUCUUGAGGAUGUCAUUCCUUGAGAUAGGGAUAACCCUCGAAAUAGGAAAAGGAGCAGGAAUGUUGUCACUAGAUGCGAUUGUACCAAAGACAUUCAACAACGUGACUAAAGGUCUCCUAGGAAAUUUUGACGGAGACCCAUACAAUGAUUUUGUGUACCCAAAUGGAAGUCGGCUUCAUUUUAAUGCAAGCGAUAUGGAAAUAUUUUAUUACGGUCAGACAUGGUCCGUGAAUGAUACUUCGUCUGUGUUUAUCUAUGAUGACGGCAAGAAACAUUCCGAUUAUCACAACGCUUCUUACAUUCCGCGUUUCCUGGAUACCGUCGACAACGAAACGCUUGCUGAAGCUGAAAAGGCAUGCAACGGCUCAAAGAACAUAGAAUGCGUGUUCGACUAUGCAUUUACGUUGAACGAAAACAUUGCAAUAAUGACAAACAGCAAACGUGAAAAUAUUGACAAGAACGAAAAAGAAAUAGAUAAAGUCGUGCCAACCAUAAAUAAUACGUGCAUUGUAAAUGCAAUGGUUGGAGAUCAAAUUUCGUGCAAGUUAAAUCUCGAUGAUGGGUUAAGUAUAGAAUUUGUGAACAAAGAAAAUAAUAAUUCAACAUAUAAUAGAACGUCAAAGACGCUCUAUUUCAAACAGAUUGAUGAAAGUCCACAUAAUAUAUGGUUUGUUGCCAUCAACGACCAAUCAACGAAAUCUCAGCAGCACACUGUACAGGUGCAGCUAUGCACUGGUUGCAAUAAGAAUGGUAAUUGCUCUACGGCAGUGCGGCAGGACCGUCGAGAGAAUGCAUAUUUCAAGUACUCUGCAUGCGUUUGCAACUCUGGAUACACAGGAGACGACUGUGAAAAACAAAUCGACUGGUGCGCUGGAAGUCCUUGCUCUCUUGGAAGAAACUGUACCAACGUCCCCCAGAAAGGAACAUACUCGUGUUUUUCUUGCCCGAACGGAUAUGCUGGAGUGCCGGGUACAAACGAUUGCAUUGAUAUUAACGAAUGCAACUCGUCUAAUCCCUGCGACCAUAUGUGUCUCAAUACUGAGGGAAGUUACUCGUGCGAUUGCAGACAAGGAUUCCGAGUCGAUGCAAAUAACGAACAUAAAUGCAUCGAUAUAAACGAAUGUAACGAGGCUACACACAACUGUACUCAGAUCUGCGAUAACACAAUAGGCAGCUUUCGCUGCAAAUGUCAGGACGGCUUUAUCUUUAAUUUGUCGAAUUGGACAUGUGAACCAGAUGAAUCAGACCCAUGUGCUACAUCAACACUUAACUGCACUCAAACCGCGGGAUGUACCAUGAAUACGGACAAUAAGACCACUUGCUUCUGUAAUGCAGGAUUUAUUUUCAAUAGAACAUCCUUUCAAUGUCAAGAUGUUAACGAAUGCUCUCAAAAUAUUUGUCCUCAAGACUGCAUGAACACGAUCGGCAGUUUUCAGUGCAGCUGCAUAGCGGGUUACCAGUUGAUUGACAAGGUCUCAUGUGAAUCAUGUGAGGUUCCAAACUGGGGUUUGAACUGUUCACAAACCUGCGACUGUACCGGACGAGGUGCCGAGAGAUGCGAUCCUGUUAGAGGCUGCGUCUGUUCCGAAGGUUGGACAGGAAGUUCUUGUGACGAUGACGUCGACGAGUGCAAGGAGCAUCCUGGAGUUUGCGAGGAUGCUAGGAAGUCAUGUUCUAACAACAUUGGCUCGUACAGCUGUGUUUGUUUGCAAGGAUACGCUGAAGAUGCUGAUGGAAAUUGCCGAGAUAUCGAUGAGUGCUCUGAUCCACUGCUGCACGAGUGUAGUCAGACGUGUUUGAAUGCUGAAGGCAGCUACACAUGUGGAUGUAAACACGGCUACACAGAAGUCAAUUCGACACAUUGUACAGACAUUAAUGAGUGCGAUUUAAAUUUGGCGGGCUGUGAACAGAUGUGCGAAAACCAUCCAGGAUAUUACAACUGUUACUGCUAUUUCGGAUACAGACUCAACGACGACAGGAACACAUGUAGUAAAGUGAAAGAUUUUUGCAAGGAACUUAGCAAUCUAACAUGCGCCGGCUAUUGUGAGGUACGAAACAGAACUGCAUCAUGUCAAUGUCAACAAGGCUUUGAACUUACCUCUGAUAAACAAACUUGUGCAGAUGUCGAUGAAUGUGAAAAGGGCAACAAAUGUUCGAAUGGAGCCAACUGUACGAACACUGUUGGUUCAUUUGUGUGUGAAUGUCCUGUCGGUAUGAAGCUGCAAAAUGACAAAAGAACAUGUACAGAAUGUGACAAGUAUCACUACGGCAAAGAGUGUUCACUUACGUGUUCGUGUAUCAACGGUGUAUGUAACAGUGCCGUAGGCUGCGUGUGUGAUCCAGGCUGGACAGGGAUAAGUUGCGACGUUGACGUCGACGAAUGCAGGGGUAGCAAGGUGGUCUGCAAUGAGACCAAAACGCAGUGUGUGAACACGCCGGGCAGCGCCUCUUGCGUCUGUCAAGAGGGCUACUCGAAAAACAUAUCAUCGGGAAAGUGCGAAGAUGUAAACGAAUGCCAGACUUCUUCCAUGAACACGUGUAAUCAAGAAUGCAUUAACACACCCGGAAGUUUUCUAUGUAGUUGCAGAGCAGGUUUUGUUUUCAAAAAUGGAAAAUGUAACGAUAUUAAUGAGUGCUUUGGCGAGCACGAAUGUCAACAACAAUGUGUCAACACACUUGGUAGCUACAGAUGCUCUUGCGAAUCGGGAUUCGUUCUAGAUCUUACUGACCGAAAGUCGUGCGAUGCUGAGACAAAGUGUACGUUAAAUCAAGCUGCUAACUGCUCUAGAAAUGCUUCUUGUUCUGUUUCCUACGGCGAGGUUAUAUGUGUUUGUCCUAAUGGAUACAACGGGACCUUUUGUACAGACAUCGACGAGUGUGCAAAUGGUAAGGAAACAUGUGACCAAAACUGUAGCAAUACAAUUGGUGGAUACACAUGCGAGUGUCAAGCUGGAUAUCUCCUGCAAAACGAUAAUGCCACGUGCACAAAGUGCUUGAACUGGACAUACGGUGAGAAUUGUUCUACGAAAUGUAAAUGCAAUGUGACCAAUACUGAGACUUGCAACCCAACAAACGGAACUUGUACGUGUUUAAAUGGCUGGCAUGGUGGACUGUGCUACGAUGACGUCAACGAAUGUAACUCAACUUCAAACGUGUGUCCCAAAAAUUCCCAAUGUAUAAACCUGUCAGGCAGUUUUACAUGCGAAUGUGACGCUGGAUAUCUAAAAAACAGCUCCGGUCUGUGUCAAGGUAAGUGA